UCAGCCGUUUUCUCCUCUGAACCCAGUCAGCAGGUCUGGAUCUGAGAUGAGUCUGACUGCGAUCACACUGAUCGUGUUCACUGGAGCUAUUUCUGCUCCCGCAGCAAAAUCCAUCCAUGACUUCCACUACAUCUACGGGUGCUAUGAACACGGCGAGGUACGGGUGGACGUCGUCGUUGACGAUGACGUGGCCGCGUAUGCUGACUUCACCAAGGAUGAAGUGGUGAUUGCCAUACCUCACCUGCCCCAGUCUGUUCCAGAUUUAAAGAAAAGGGCUUAUUCGUUAGCCAAAGCUAGCAUUGCUCACUGUCACAGUGUUUUGGGUAAAGCGAGGAAAGCGGAUCCUGGUGUUCCCAUUCGCCAAGACGCUCCGGACAUCUCCAUGUACACCCGGUACGAGGGGGAGGACGGCGUGGUGAACACCCUCUUCUGUUUGGCCAAUCACUUCUACCCCCCCUCCGUCAACUUCACAUGGACAAAGAAUGGGGUGGAGGUCACGGAAGGGGUUUCCGACCUGCGGUACCGCCACAACAGCGACGGGACGUUCCACAGAAUUUCAUCACUGAGUUUUACGCCCCGGGAGGGGGACGUUCACUCCUGUCGGGUGGAGCAUCGGGCCUUACACCGGCCCCUCGCCAGGACCUGGGAGCUGACGGAGAGGCGGAGCAGAGUGAGUCCUGCAGCUGCCUUCUUCGGAGGGAGUCUAGUCUUGUGCCUGAUGGGAGUCGCCGCCGGAGUCUUCUUCUUCAUCAAGAAGCCAAAUUAGUGCCCUCACUUUUGGGGGAUUUUAACGUUUGCAGCUAAACCAGCAUUCAGCCAAGCACGUGCAUGUUGUAGUGAAUGCUUGACCCUUUAUUUGUCUGCAUAAUGGAACAACUAGAUGCCACGUUUGGACAGACUGAGCUGUGUGAUUGGACUAGCCUUCCACGUGGUAUACGGGAUUGUCCCGCAGAGUCCACUUUAAAGACCUCAUCUCAAACAUCGGCUUGAGACAAACCACAAACUGUGACCACUUUUAUUUCGACGUUCUGCAUAAAAUGUCUUUUUAUUUGAUUUGAUUAACUCUUGUGUUGUCUUCCCGCCAAAAUAAAUAAAUAAAAAUCAACGCUUUUUAUCGAUGUUUUUAA